AUGGCGCUGCAGCUUGCGCCAUGGCGCCUCCUCCUCGUGCUCGCCGCCCUCCUGGCUGCCGCCUCGGCGCAGACGUCGCCCACCGCGGCGCCUGCCCCGCCUGUUCCCGUACCAGUGCCGACAGCGCCGGCCCAAGCCCCUCCCGUGCCGGCGACUCCCGCUCCCACUGCCACCCCCGUCGCCCCCGUCGCCCCCGUCGCCCCGGUAAAGCCGCCUCCCGCAGUCGCGCCGGUCAAGCCGCCUCCCGCAGUCGCGCCGGUCAAGCCGCCUCCCGUCGUCGCGCCCGUGUCCGCGCCGCCGCCUGUUGUCACACCACCGCCUGUCACUCCCCCGCCGGUGACACCACCGCCUGUCGUACCCCCGCCUGUCUCCGCGCCUCCUCCCGUGACGCCACCGCCGGCGACGCUACCGCCCGCGGCUGCCCCGGCCCAAGCACCCGCGGUGCUGCCACCGGUGGCGGCAACUCCGCCCGCGGCCAUGGCACCCGCCGUGCUCCCACCCGCCGAAGCCCCGUCCAAGAGCAAGAACAAGCACAAGAGGAAGAAGAGCGGCAAGAAGAAGGCGCCCGCCCCUGCUCCCGAGCCACUCAGCCCGCCGGCGCCCGUCGCGCCGGAGCCCACCGUGGAGGACGUGUCUGGCCCGGCACCCUCCGCCAACGAUCUGAGCGGGAGCAGCCGGCAGUACGUGCAAUGGGGUUUCGUGGUGCAGACCGCCGUGGUUGCGCUUUUGCUGUCAGUAGCGUGGUGAAAGUGAAGCAUAUAUAGAGAUCCAUUCAUCCGUCCGUCGAUUUUAUUCAUGUAUCACACCUCAUGAUUCGAUCAUUCCUCUUGUUUCUGGUAGGGAAUUAUGAUUUAUUCGGGGCUUGUAAUAAACAGUUUUUUUUUGACGUGUUUUGCAUGUAUUUUUUUUCUGAAUUGAAUACCGGCAUUGUCUUCUUUAGUUC